AUGGCUGACCAGCGCCCCGCUCCCCUCCGUCUCGGCACCGUUGCCCCCAACUUCAAGGCCGAGACCACCAACGGCCCCAUUGACUUCCACGAGUUCAUCGGCGACAACUGGGUUGUUUUCUUCUCCCACCCCGAGGACUACACCCCCGUCUGCACCACCGAGCUCGGCGCCUUCGCCAAGCUCGAGCCCGAGUUCUCCAAGCGCGGCGUCAAGCUGAUCGGUCUCUCCGCCAACACCCUCGGCUCCCACGAGGGCUGGAUCAAGGACAUUGACGAGGUCACUGGCUCCCGCGUCGCCUUCCCCAUCAUUGCCGACAAGGAGCGCAAGGUCGCCUACGCCUACGACAUGCUCGACUACCAGGACACCACCAACGUCGACGAGAAGGGCAUCGCCUUCACCAUCCGCUCCGUCUUCAUCAUCGACCCCAAGAAGACCAUCCGCACCAUCCUCUCCUACCCCGCCUCCACCGGCCGCAACUCCGCCGAGGUCCUGCGCAUCGUCGACUCCCUCCAGACCGGCGACAAGCACAAGAUCACCACCCCCAUCAACUGGGUCCCCGGUGACGACGUCAUUGUCCACCCUUCCGUCAAGACCGAGCAGGCCAAGGAGAUCUUCCCCGAGGUCCGCAUCGUCAAGCCCUACCUGCGCUUUACCCCUUUGCCCAAGGAGAAGGCCACCGUCGCCUAA